AUGGGGGAUGUUUUAUGUCCUGUGCAGGCACUAUUAGCAGCUAGGAAUUCUGCUCCCGUUGUUUUCACAGGGACUUUUGGUGCACUUGCGGUGAUGACUAUCAUAUCUGUUGUUCUUGGAAGAACUUUUCAUUAUGUUGAUGAAAUCCUUCCAUUCAGGUUGGGUGAGACUGAUUUGCCUGUUGAUGAUAUAGCUGCAGUCUACUUUGGGGUUUCAACACUUAUUGAUGCCACCUCGAGUGAUGGUCUGAAAGCAGAAAAUGAACAAAAAGAGGCUGAGUUAGCAGUUUCAGAGUUUUCGGGAAAUGGUGCUGGGAUUUUAGCUGCUGCAAACACCAUUAUCAGCACUUUCCUCUUGGUUUUUGUUGCAGAAUGGGGGGACAAAUCAUUUUUCUCAACGAUUGCACUUGCAGCAGCCUCUUCACCUCUUGGGGUCAUUGGUGGAGCCCUGGCUGGUCAUGGUGUUGCAACUUUGAUUGCAGUUUUGGGAGGUUCUUUACUUGGGACAUUCUUAUCGGAAAAGGCAAUUGCUUAUAUUGGAGGAGUUCUUUUUCUCGUCUUUGCUGCCGUAACGUUGGUUGAGAUUGUGAGCUAA